CAGAAAAGAAGACUAAACACAGACAAAUGACUUCGGGAGUAGCUACAGCGAGAAUUUCCUCCAAAAAACAAACUUUAGAGGAUGCUUAUUCGCCGCCGGCCAAUUUCCUUGAGAUAGAUGUUGGUGAUCCACAGACUCAUGGCGUGGGGAAGAAAAGAUACACCGAUUAUGAAGUCCGAAUGAGGACAAAUCUACCAGUAUUUAAACUAAAGGAAUCUAUAACUAGGAGAAGAUAUAGUGAUUUUGAAUGGUUACGGAAUGAAUUAGAAAGAGAUAGCAAGAUUGUAGUACCUCCUCUACCUGGUAAAGCUCUGAAAAGACAACUUCCAUUCCGAGGUGAUGAUGGUAUUUUUGAAAAGGAGUUUAUUGAUGAAAGACAAAAAGGAUUAGAACAAUUUGUGAACAAGGUUGCUGGACAUCCAUUGGCCCAGAAUGAAAAGUGUCUACAUAUGUUUUUACAAGAACCUGUGAUUGAUAAGAACUAUGUUCCUGGCAAAAUCAGAACAACAUAAAAAAAAUCAACAUUUUAUUUAAUUUGGUUAACCUUCAGACUUUCAAUACCAUGGGAAAUGUGACAAAACAACUUACAAAUUUUAGAACCAUUCACUUUUAUGACCUCUCCUAUUUAAAUUGAAGAUUUGCAGUUUCCACCUGUGUAUUUCUGCAAGAAGUUUCUGGCAUAUAUCUUUAGCAAAUUUAUAAAGGUGUCCAAUAAUAAGCCAACAGUUGUCAUUCUCAAAAUAAUCAUGUAUAUAAGUGUAAAAAAUAGAUACUAAAUACUAAAACCAAUUUUAAUUUCUAUGUCAAUAAAUCAUGAAUUGUGUACCUUAUGAUCAUUUGCUUUGACAGAUUGAGUAUUCUGACAAUAACUAGCAGGAUAGCUGUGUUGUGAACAACAUUGUAUACAAUAUGAACCUAAUAUUAACGUGGUUUCUAUAGAAAUAUGUGAUUUAUAUUCAGCCAAUACUCAAUUUUCUUAUAAUGGCUUGUAUGUUAUAUUGACUUGCAGCUAUCAAAACACAUUUGAAUUGCAUUCAAUUAAUAUUGAACAAAAAUGAAGUAUAUUGUUUUGAUUUAGCAGAAUUGUUGAUAAAUGGUAGCUUUACUGUUGUAAUAUUUAUCAAGAAUGACAUCUGUGAAUAAUGAUGAUUUAUCUAAUGAUUGGAUUUAAGAUGAAUGAAUAAAGAUAUUUUUACACUAAUAAGGUAUAUUUUGUAUGUAUUUGUAGUUUAUAAUGUUAUCCUAGAUUAUUAAUAUUAUUUUGUAUGGUUAUCAUAUUUUAAUCAUUUUUGUUUUGUUUUUUUUACCUUCACGAUUAACUUGUGUCAGUUAUUUUCAAAAUGUCAUAAAUAAUGUUUCUAUGAAAUUAAAAUUUUUGUCACGCUCAAAUUAUAUGUAAGUGUUAUUAUAUUGACUAGAAAAAGUAAGAUUUAAUACAAAGUAGACAAAUCGAGUGCUUAACAUAUGUACAGUUUCAGAGAUUGGUCCAAUCUUUAUCUUUUACUUCUGUUUGAAAACUAAUGCAAGAUUUAAUCAUUUAAGAUCAUUUCAGUUGUAUGUUAGCAAACUUAUCUUAAUAAAUGUAUUCUGUAAUAAGUG